CUAAGGUUGUUAUACCUUAUAUAAACCCUAAGUUUAUGUUUCUGUUUCAUUGAAAACAAGGACAAAAGCGAAGGAGAAGCUUCCAAGAUAGGGUAAGCAAUGAGGCUACCAAGUUCAACCAUCCAGCUUCUCUACCAAAUUCUUCUUGUUUGUCUACUGAACAGACCCAGCUUUGCAGUGAAAAAGUCAUAUGUGGUGUACUUGGGAGCUCACUCACACGGCCCAGAAUUAUCUUCAUCUUUCGUUGACUUCAAUCAAGUCACACAGUCCCACUAUGAGUUUCUGGGAUCUUACUUAAGAAGUCCUAAUACAGCCAAGGACUCCAUCUUUUACUCAUACACAAGACACAUCAAUGGUUUUGCUGCAACUUUGGAAGAAGAAGUGGCUGCCGAGAUAGCAAAGCACCCGAAAGUGUUAUCAGUGUUUGAGAACAGAGGAAGAAAGCUACACACCACUCGAUCAUGGGAAUUCAUGGGGCUAGAGCAUAAAGGCAUGAUCCCAUCUGACUCAAUAUGGAAGAAAGCCAGAUUUGGUGAAGGAGUCAUAAUUGGAAACCUGGAUACAGGUGUUUGGCCUGAAUCAAGUAGCUUUAGUGAAGAAGGAUUGGGACCAAUUCCAUCAAAGUGGAGAGGAAUAUGUGACAAUGGCGUUGAUCAUACUUUUCAAUGUAACAGGAAGCUAAUCGGUGCAAGGUACUUUAACAAGGGCUACGCCUCGGCAGUGGGCCCACUUAACUCUUCCUUUCAAUCGCCACGUGACAAGGAGGGCCAUGGCUCCCAUACCCUCUCCACAGCCGCCGGCAACGCCGUUCCUGGAGUUAGUGUCUUCGGCCAGGGCUUCGGAACCGCCAAGGGCGGCGCGCCCAAAGCCCGCGUGGCGGCGUACAAGGUCUGCUGGCCCCCCGUUGCCGAUGAUGAGUGCUUCGAUGCUGAUAUCUUGGCCGGGUUUGACGAGGCCAUCCACGACGGUGUGGACGUGCUGUCAGUGUCGCUCGGUGGGUCCGCCUCAAGCUUGCUGAAUGACAGCGUAGCGAUUGGAUCAUUCCAUGCCGCAAAUCGAGGAAUCGUGGUGGUUUGCUCCGCCGGGAAUAGUGGGCCUGCCGAUGCCACUGUGAGCAAUCUUGCACCCUGGCAUGUUACGGUUGCCGCCAGCACCAUGGAUAGAGAAUUCCCAGCUUAUGUUGUCCUCGGUGACAAUAUCACGUUGAAGGGUGAAAGCUUAUCAGCUACAAGAUUGGCACACAAGUUGUACCCAAUUAUUAAAGCUACAGAUGCUAAAUUGGACAGUGCAAGAACAGAAGAUGCGGUGCUGUGCCAGAAUGGGACCUUGGAUCCCAACAAGGUGAAGGGAAAGAUCGUGAUAUGUCUCCGAGGGAUAAAUGCGAGAGUGGACAAAGGAGAGCAAGCUUUACUAGCUGGUGCUGUGGGAAUGGUCCUUGCUAAUAACAUGGCCAGUGGCAAUGAAAUUAUAGCUGAUCCUCAUGUCCUUCCUGCUUCUCAUAUCAAUUUCACUGAUGGCAUUUCUGUCUUCAAUUACGUCAACUCAACCAAGUUCCCAGUGGCGUAUAUUACACAUCCAAAGACUCAAUUGGGUACUAAGCCAGCACCGUUAAUGGCUGCUUUUUCAUCUAAAGGGCCAAAUACUGUCGUGCCAGAGAUCCUAAAGCCUGAUGUCACCGCACCGGGAGUGUCAGUUAUAGCAGCCUAUACUAAAGCCCAAGGACCAACCAAUCAAGUGUUUGAUAAGCGCCGGAUUUCGUAUAAUUCAGUCUCAGGGACAUCAAUGUCGUGCCCUCAUGUUUCAGGCAUUGCGGCACUGUUGAGAGCCUCGUAUCCUUCUUGGAGUCCUGCAGCUAUUAAAUCAGCAAUCAUGACAACAGCCACAACACUGGAUAAUGAAGUGGAGCCUCUGCUGAAUGCUACUGAUGGCAUAGCAACAGCAUUGAGUUACGGGGCAGGACAUGUACAACCAAACAUAGCAAUGGAUCCCGGGUUAGUUUAUGACACAACAAUUGGUGAUUACCUAAACUUCUUAUGUGCAUUAGGAUACAACGGGACACAAAUCUCAGUGUUCACAGAAGGUUCAUCAUAUGUGUGCCGCAAGAAAUUUAGUCUCCUCAACCUGAACUAUCCCUCAAUCACAGUUCCAAAUCUCUCUGGGUCAGUGACAGUUAGGAGGACGUUGAAAAAUGUUGGUUCUCCGAGCACGUACAUUGCUCACGUUCAAAACCCGAAUGGGAUCACUGUUUCUGUGAAGCCAAGCAUCUUGAAGUUCACAAAUGUUGGUGAAGAAAAAAGCUUUAAAGUAACCUUUAAGAUCGUAAAAGGAAAGGCUACGAAUAACUACGUGUUUGGAAAACUGAUAUGGUCAGAUGGCAGACAUUAUGUCAGAAGUCCGAUAGUUGUGAAUGCUAAAUGAUUGGUAGAGUUUUCUAAAUUUAUUCUUAUUGUGAUCUCUUACCACUGAUAAAAAAACCAGCAAGUGGCUUUCAGCAUAUAUUUGACUAGCUGUACUAUUAGUAUGAUUCCAAUGACAAAUAAAAUCUAACUCCUUCAUCCUUCUAGUUAUAAAAUCUGAGAACUUUCUUA